AUGGUUAAGAUCGUCGCUGUCCUCUACACUGCCGGCAAGUACGGUGAAGCCCAGCCCCGUCUGCUCGGCACCGUCGAGAACAAGCUUGGCCUCGCCGACUGGGCCAAGCAGAACGGCCACGAGCUCAUUGUCACCGCCGACAAGGACUCGCCGGACUCCGAGUUCCGCCAGCACGUCAAGGAUGCCGAGAUCGUCAUCACCACCCCCUUCCACCCCGCCUACCUCACCAAGGAGGUGCUCGAGUCGGCCAAGAACCUCAAGUGCUGUAUCACCGCCGGUGUCGGCUCCGAUCACGUCGACCUUGAUGUCGCCAACCAGAAGAAGAUUGCCGUCUACGAGGUGACUGGCUCCAACGUCGUUUCCGUCGCCGAGCACGUUGUGAUGACCAUCCUCGUCCUUGUCCGCAACUUCGUCCCUGCCAACCAACAGUACCUCGCGGGAGACUGGAACGUCGCCGAGGUCGCCCGUGAGUCGUACGAUCUCGAGGGUAAGGUUGUAGGCACGCUUGGCUCUGGUCGUAUCGGUUCCCGUGUUCUGCAGCGCUUGAAGCCCUUCGACUGCGCCAAGCUGACCUACUACGACUACCAGCGCAACGAGCAGCUCGAGAAGGACACGGGUGCUGUGCGAGUUGAGGACCUCAAGGAGUUCCUCUCGGAGCUCGACGUUCUCACCAUCAACGCUCCCCUGUACGAGGGCACCAAGGGCUUGAUCAACGCCGAGAAGAUCGGCUGGAUGAAGAAGGGCGCUUGGAUCGUCAACACCGCCCGUGGCGCCAUCGUCAACGCUAAGGACGUUAAGGAGGCUCUUGCCUCCGGCCACCUCCGCGGCUACGGUGGAGACGUCACCGACCAGCAGCCCCCUCCCAAAGACCACCCCUUCUACACCAUGAAGGCCAACCACAACGGCAUCGAGUACACCCAUGGCUCUGGCGGAAACGCAAUGACGCCGCACAUCUCCGGUACCUCCAUCGAUGCCCAGGUGCGAUAUGCCAACGGUGUCAAGGAGAUCCUCGAAAACUACUUCUCCGGCAAGGCCCAGACGCCUGCCAACAUUAUUGUUGAGAACGGUGACUACGCCACCAAGGCCUAUGGUCAGCGCAAGUAG